UAGCUGAUACUUAAAAUACUUAUCCAGGCGUUGUAAGAUCUGGUAUGCAUCAGUAUUGCCUGGGCAGAGGAUCACCUGAUCGAUGGCUUGCCCUGAGUCUUCACAUAGGAAUGAAUGGUGUCACCUGAUCGAUGGCGUUGUCCAUUCAUAUAUAGUCAUUGGGCUAGUUCGUUUUGAGCGGAGUUUAUACAGUUCAGACCAUUCCAUUGGUACUUAACCGAAAUCUCCACUCACCCGGGGCACCGGGCCAUGCAAAACGAACUUGCCCACUGCUUUUUGCUAGAGUACUUGUUCUAACAAAUUUUCUUUACCUCUGUGCUCUGGUGCAACUCAAUGAUUGGUUGUGCUUGCUCCGUGGACAUACAAUGAUCCAAUAGAAACUUAACAGUAUUUAAAGGGCGGGGACUAAGGCAAGACAGAGCAAACGAUUAAGCAAUCAAUGACUGGGCCUACGCAUGAGAAACUGAUGUUGGCAUUUUUGGUAAACGCAACACCGCCACCGUAAAGAGGCGUUUUACACGUUAUUUUAUACCUCAAUAAAACCAUACUGGUUUUACAUCGAAGUUGAGCCUGUGGCUAAAGUAGUUACAUUUUAUUUUGACAUUUGUAUGAAAGACUCCGGAUAAUCUUAGCUAGAGAAUCAGUAUUGGUUUCGGAUGACAGUUGGAAUUGAUGUCUCGUUUCGCUUAUCUAAGUUGGCUGGCUGAAAUUGAUGUGCGAUGCGGCUAGCUACCAAACCCACAGAGCUAGCUAGUUAGCGGAAGAAAAUUCCAAGAGAAAACUGUUUUCACCCCUUCAACGCCAAGUGGUAUUUGUUUUUGACGAGAUGGUGUUUUACUUCUGAACAAAUGGCUCUCUUAACAUGACACGCGCCACAGUUUCCCCACUUUUCAACUGGACCCAAGAGAGGGACUUUUCCGAAAUGGCGUUAAAGUAGUGGGAUUCAGCUUGAGGCACAUUGUUAGAGUUUGUCAUGAAGGCGCUGGGCUCGCGCUGCGCCUUCUUCAUAGGGUUCCUGGUGGGGACCUGUACGCUCUAUGUGUUCCUACAUCAGGUGUGGUUCGAGAGGACCUUCUCAACACUUCAGCCCGAUGGCUUGGAGAAGACAGCGGCUCAGCUACAUGAGCUGGAGGAGGACAGCAAGAACUGGAAGAAGGAGAGGUCGGCCCUCUUCAACCUCAACCACCCACACCACAAAGGUGAGGACAGCCACAUGGCAGAUGAGCUGUACAAGAAGGUGCGCAUCCUUUGCUGGGUGAUGACCGGGCCCAACAACCUGCAGAAGAAGGCCCGCCACGUAAAGAACACCUGGAGCCGCCACUGUAACGUGGUGGUGUUCAUGAGCUCUGUGGACGACCCAGACUUCCCCACUGUGGGGCUGGGCACCAAGGAAGGCCGCGACCAGCUCUACUGGAAGACCAUCCGGGCCUUCCACUACGCCCUGGAGAACCAUGGAGACGAGGCCGACUGGUUCCUUAAGGCCGACGACGACACCUACGUUGUCGUGGACAACCUGCGCUGGGUGCUGGCCAACCACACGCCAGAGGAGCCCAUCUACUUUGGACGCAGGUUUAAGCCCUACACCAAGCAGGGCUACAUGAGCGGCGGGGCAGGCUACGUGCUGAGCAAAGAGGCCCUUAAGAGGUUCGUGGAGGGCUUUAAGACCAAGGUGUGCACCCACACCACCCACGUGGAGGACCUGGCCAUGGGCCAGUGCAUGGAGAAGGUGGGGGUGGUGGCCGGGGACGCCAGAGACACCGUCCUCAGGGAGACCUUCCAUCCCUUUGUCCCUGAGCAGCACCUCACCUCCAAGUUCUCCAAGAGCUUCUGGUACUGGAGCUACUGCUACUACCCCAUCUCAGAGGGGCCAAAUUGCUGCUCGGACCUGUCUGUGUCUUUCCACUAUGUGGACGCGUCCCUCAUGUACCUGUUGGAGUACUACACCUACCACCUGCGUGCCUUUGGCUACAGGUACCGCUACCAGCCCCCAAGCCCCCUGGGCUAUAAGAUUGAGGCUUGGGAUGGGGCAGACGGGGGACACUCGUACUCCAAAGAGCAACCGGCCAUCCAGAGGGGGCCACUGGCGAGGGUGGAGGGUCCGUCCAGGACAGACAGGAAACAGGAAAUGAUGCCUCUUGCUGCAGCGGAGGAGAAAGACCCGCCUGCUGCUGCGCAGGAUGACAAGCAGUAGCAGCCUUGUGUGUCAGAGAGUGUGUGUGUGUGGGGGGUUGCUUUUGAGCGUUCAUGUUUUUACGUCUGUAUGGACGCACCUGCACACAUUUUUACAGAAGUGAAAAGACUGUGUCAACUGUGGGGCCUCCAAAGAAAAGUGCUGUUGUGAAGGAUUCUGUUGGUGGUGAAGAAUGUCUACUGUGACUGGCUGUGUGUUGGUUGGGUUAUCACUGGCACCAACCCAUCCUUUUUUAGUCCUAAUGUAAAAAAGUUUGAUACCACACAGACUCCAUGUUGAAAUGUCAACAGUCCUUAAUGUUUUCUAAAUAUUUAACAUGAUUGUUAUUUCAAAUACCUAUUUUAAUCAAUGUUUGUUAUUUCAAAUACCUAUUUUAAUCAAUGUUUGUUAUUUCAAAUACCUAUUUUAAUCAAUGUUUUAAUUCCCUCAGAGUUCUUGAACCACUCUUAAGACACCAUCAAAUGGUUAAAGGAUGCCUUAGUGAGUAGUCCUGGGCAAACGUAACUGUAGGAGGUUCCUAUUGAACUGGUUCAUCUUGCUACUCACCACCGUAACCAGUAUGACCACUCCUCACAGCUCUGGCUUUAACAUUGAGCUGACUAGAUUAACUGGAUUUAUCAGAUAGGAUUUACUGGGUGAUUUCGGAUCCGCUUCGCUACCCUAAUCAACCUAAGCUACUAGGGGUUGAAACCAAACUUGGUCUUAGAUCUGCGUUUUAUUUAUACUCAUAGGAAAAAUUCUGUAAUAUGACGUUAAGAAGACCAGCAGGUCGUUCAGACAUACUGUUGAAGAGUGGUAACGAGAGAGAGAGAAAGAGUCACUUUAAUCCUAGGAGACCUCGCUCUCUAUCAGCCCCAGUAGCUUGUGCCUUGUGAAGCAUGAUUGUGUGCAACUUUAGUUGCACAUUUUGACACUGCACUGUGACAAAGUCUAAAAAGUUUGGACAUGUCGCUUGAACCUACCUGUGCAUGUUCAGUUAGCCUAUCUCUAGAGAACAGUUUUUGCACCUUGUUGGAUUGGAUAUUGUUUUCAUUUGUUUGAUUCAAGUUCUAUUUAAACCUGUUAUGGAUAGGGUAUUUUAAUGUAUUUGGGGCUUUUUAAGUGAAUUACUUUUUAAAAGCGUAUGAGUCAAGAAUUCUAUGGGGAGGAUUUUCUGGGAAAUGACCAAAUGGGUGGGGAUGUCUGGUAUGUGAUGUCAUUAGUUGAUUUUACUGACCUUGUUUUUUUUUUAAUGAAUCUUCAUUGUAUUAUAUCUCCAUUUUCUUAUUCUGUAUACUUUUACAGUAUAUUAUACUUUUUGAGCAAAGUGACUCAUUGAUCAUCUCAGAAACAACCACACAGGGUGUCUUGUCUUUUCUUCUUCAGUUCUAAUGGGACUUGUGUCUAUAGCCCUGUAUUCCACUGGGUUAUGAAGUCUAUGUAUAGACAUGAGUAAAUUUAACAUCCUGUACAUGGUGCUGUGUAUUGGUUAGACAUAUUUGCACAAACAGAGUGGCUGUAUAGGAGGUGUAUUGACAGUAAACAGUAUAGCAGUUAGUUAGACAUUUAUCACAUGGCAGCCUGCAUGUACAGCCAUUGUAAGUUAAACAGUAAACCAAAUCAGCAUGUAUGUUAUUCUGUAUUAUUUUAAACCUGUUUCAAACAAGAAUGACGAAGUAUCCUCA